GCCAGCUUUAACUUCAAGCUUCAGCUUCAGAGUCGAGAGGGCACUGUGAAGAUGACUGAGCCACAUCACGAGGAUUCCAGUGCAGCUCCUUUUCGUGCCGUGGAAUUUUAUUCGGGCAUAGGCGGUCUCCAUCGGGCUCUGCGGCGAAGUACAGUGAACGGCUGUGUCAUUCGAGCCUACGAUUGGGACCAGGCUGCAUGCCAAGUCUAUCAGGCUAAUUAUGGCCCUGGUCUAGUCAAGCAGGCGGAUAUAUCGCUACUUACAGCAGGAGAGCUUGCGGGACUGCGGGCGGACCUGUGGCUUUUGUCGCCGUCGUGCCAGCCCUACACAGUGCUAAACCCGCUGGCGAAGGGCCCUGAAGACCCGCGUGCGAAGUCCUUCGCACACCUCAUUCAGGGCGUCCUGCCGGAGCUUGUCGACAUGGGCCAGCAGCCAAGAUACAUACUUGUAGAGAAUGUCGCUGGCUUCGAGGCCUCAAGCACGAGAGAGCAGCUGGACGCCCGGGGAUACAACUGUCUGGAGCUUCUGUUGACGCCGCUGCAAUUCGGCACUCCCAACUCUCGGCUCCGGUAUUACUUGCUUGCCAAGUGGCGACCUUUGGCUUUUCGCAACGCGGGUACGCCCGGACGAUUAGCCCGACAUAUCCCAGGUCAAGGCGAAGACUGGUCGGACCCGAGAAGCACAUCGGAUGCUCCUGUCCUGUUUGGCGACCUAAAGGCGCUGCACGAGUAUCUUGAUCCGGAUGACACGAAUGAAGAGUUCAAGAUUCCGGACAGGGUUCUUGAGAAAUGGGGACGCCUGUUCGACAUCGUCUUACCCUCCGGGAAGCGCACCUGCUGCUUUACGAGAGGAUAUACGAAACUUGCAGAACGGGCGGGCUCUGUUCUUCAGCUCAACGAGGACCUGGACAAGCGAGGCAAUGCAGAUACUGUUCGACUACUGGAUCCCUUGCGGCUGCGGUACUUCUCCCCGCAAGAGCUGCUGCGUUUGUUCUGCUUCGAUCCUCCAUCAAGCUUAGGUGCUGGCAGUUUUAUUUGGCCAGAAAAGACUUCUACCAAGACCAAGUACAAACUAAUAGGCAACAGUGUCAAUGUUGAAGUCGUCUGCCGCCUGAUAAAUUAUCUUUUCGAAUGAAUGACUCGAUGAUCUUCGUCUGCAGGGGCUGGCACAAUAUCAGCCUGUACUUAGUAUCGGUCGCGGUCUGGCUUACAAACGGAUAGUACAUGUUUCACGGCAAGCU